AUGUCGAUUUCAAUCCAUACGGUAUCGCGGCUUCCUUUCGGCUCACUUAACUUGACUCGCGUGAUUUUCCUUAUUCAAAACGGACCUUCCUUCAUGGCCGCACCCUCUCGUCUCUCCCUUGACUACCCCCUCUAUCUCUCCACAUCCCUUUCACUCUCUCCACUCGCGUCCAUCCCUCCGCGCGCGUCCCACUUUCACUCACACCAUCCCCGCCUGCCAACCACGCCAGAAGUUCUUCCUGCGGGCCCUAAGUUCUUCCUGUGGGGGUUGUGCGUGUUCGGCCCGGACGUGCGCUCGCUGCUCGUGUCCGUGUGCCUCAUCACCAUCCCCGGCGCGCUCUUCUGCGUCUUCGUCGCGUACCAGCUCAUCGACAAGAUGUGGGGCGGCAUCGCCGUGCUGCCCGCCGCCAUCUCGCUCAUCACAUGGGACCUGUACAUUCUGCUCUUCACGGCCUGCCGCGACCCGGGCAUCGUCCCGCGCAACCCAACUGCGCCAGCGGGGAAGGUUCCGCGCAGCCGCGAGGUGGUGGUGAACGGCGUGGCGGUGAAGGUGAAGUGGUGCGACUCGUGCCUGCUGUACCGCCCGCCGCGCUGCUCGCACUGCUCCAUCUGCGACAACUGCAUUGACCGCUUCGACCACCACUGCCCCUGGGUGGGCCAGUGCAUCGGCCGGCGCAACUACCGGUUCUUCUUCACAUUCAUCCUCUCCACCACGGCGCUCUGCAUAUUCGUCUUCGCCUUCUCAGCAUACCUCAUCAACCAGCUAAUGUUCAACGCACACGACCCGGCAGCCGGCACGCAGACCGUGUGGCAGGCCAUGGGGCAGGCGCCCGUGGCCGUGGUGCUCAUGGGGUUCACCUUCCUCGCAGUGUGGUUCGUGGGGGGGCUGUCAGGCUUCCACACCUACCUCAUGUGCCGCAACCAGACCACGUAUGAGAACUUCCGGUGGCGCUACGACAAGAAGCCUAACCCCUACAGCCGCGGCUGCUUCAACAACGUUGGCGAAGCCCUCUGCUCCGAAAUUCCCCCCUCCCGAACCAACUUCCGAGCCAAGGCUACCGAAGCUGAGUUCGCCAUCUCCGAGCCGCAUCUCACGGAGCCUGACCCCCCGCCUGGCUCGUUAUCAGCCUCGGUGGACCCCAAGCGCACCCGAAGCUUGCUGCCAGGCUCGGGAGGAUCGAAAGGUUCGCGAGGCUCGAAGGGGUCUUCGUUUGGGGGGUGCUCGCCAGGUCAGCAGCAGGUGUACGACGUUUCUGAAGAGAUGUCGCUGCGGGGAGGGAGGCCAGGAGGGGUGGAUGAGGAGGAGGAUGAGGAGGAGUUUGAGUCGAUGGAAGAAGGUAGGUUGAUGGGGAAAGGAGGGAGGGAAUACGAGAAAGGGAAGGGACGAGUGGAAGACACAGACGAGGAGGAGGAGGAGGAGGAGGAGGAGGAGGAGGAGGGGGAGGAUGAUGAUGAUGAGAGUUUGAGUGAGGUAGUGCAGGGACAGCAGAUGUAUGCUUGCGUGGAGCAUGCAGGAGUGCACUGGGCUCAUGGGAAGGCCAGAGGAGAAGGCAGCAAGUGGGAUGGAUCCAGAGGCAGUGCUGGUCAAGGUGUUACUUCCUCUCCCAUCCGUGGCUCCAGUUAA